UUUUCUUCUCAUCAUGACUGGUACCAAUUCAGGUGGAAAAGCAACCACAACUUCCAAAGGCCAUACUCGUUCAGUUCGCGCUGGUCUUCAAUUUCCUGUCGCUCGUAUUCAUCGGAUUAUGUGCAAGAGAAACUACGGCAAAUAUAUUCGUUCUGGCGCUCCCGUUUACAUGGCCGCGGUGCUCGAAUACUUGGCUGCGGAAAUUCUCGAGUUGGCCGGCAAUGCGGCUCGUGAUAACCAUAAAGCUCGCAUUGCACCUCGCCAUCUGCAGCUGGCAGUGCGAAACGAUGAAGAACUUAACCGACUCUUGGCCCAUGUCACCAUAUCACAAGGCGGUGUCCUGCCCAAUAUUCACGCUCAUCUCUUACCCAAAAAGACCCAGAAGGCUAUGGCUACUACUCAAGAACUCUGAACCCCCUUGGUCUCUCAUGCAAGGCUUGAUCUCAUUAUGCAAUGAAAACAAUAUAUAUUAUGAUCCAUCUACUCGCCAGG